AUGGCGACCUGCAUCGGGGAGAAGAUCGAGGAUUUUAAAGUUGGCAGUCUGCUUGGUAAAGGAUCAUUUGCUGGUGUUUACAGAGCUGAGUCCGUUCACACUGGUUUGGAAGUUGCAAUCAAAAUGAUAGAUAAAAAAGCCAUGUACAAAGCUGGAAUGGUACAGAGAGUCCAAAAUGAGGUGAAAAUACAUUGCCAAUUGAAACAUCCUUCUAUCUUAGAGUUGUAUAACUAUUUUGAAGAUAACAAUUAUGUAUAUCUAGUAUUAGAAAUGUGCCAUAAUGGAGAAAUGAACAGGUAUCUAAAGAACAGAAUGAAACCAUUCUCAGAAAAUGAAGCUCGACACUUCAUGCACCAGAUCAUCACAGGAAUGUUGUAUCUCCAUUCUCAUGGUAUAUUACACCGGGACCUCACACUUUCUAACCUCUUACUUACACGUAAUAUGAACAUCAAGAUUGCUGAUUUUGGGCUGGCAACUCAAUUGAAAAUGCCACAUGAAAAGCACUAUACAUUAUGUGGAACUCCUAAUUACAUUUCACCAGAAAUUGCAACUCGAAGUGCACAUGGACUUGAAUCUGAUGUUUGGUCCUUGGGCUGUAUGUUUUAUACGUUGCUUAUUGGGAGACCACCAUUUGACACUGACACAGUCAAGAACACAUUAAAUAAAGUAGUAUUGGCAGAUUAUGAAAUGCCAACUUUUUUGACAAGAGAGGCCAAGGACCUUAUUCACCAGUUACUUCGUAGAAAUCCAGCAGAUCGUUUAAGUUUGUCUUCAGUAUUAGACCAUCCUUUUAUGUCCCGAAAUUCUUCAACAAAAAGUAAAGAUUUAGGAACUGUAGAAGACUCCAUUGACAGUGGACAUGCCACAAUUUCUACUGCAAUUACAGCUUCUUCCAGUACCAGUAUAAGUGGUAGUUUAUUUGACAGAAGACGACUUUUGAUUGGUCAGCCACUCCCAAAUAAAAUGACUAUAUUUCCAAAGAAUAAAAAUACAAGCGAUUUUUCUUCUUCAGGAGAUGGAAGCGGUUUUUAUAAUCAGUGGGGAAACCAAGAACAAGAAACCAGUAAUAGUGGAAGGGGAAGAGUAAUCCAGGAUGCAGAAGAAAGGCCACACUCUCGAUACCUUCGCAGAGCCCAUUCCUCUGAUAGAUCUGGCACUUUUAAUAGUCAGUCUCGAGCAAAAACAAAUACAAUGGAACGAUGUCACUCAGCUGAAAUGCUGUCAAAAUCCAAAAGAUCAGGAGUAGACGAAGAAAGAUACUCACCUACAAACAGCAAUGUCAAUGUUUUUCACUUCUUUAAGGAAAAGACAUGCAAUAGUUCUGGAUCUUUUGAAAGACCUGAUAAUGAUCAAGCACUCUCCAAUCAUCUUGGUCCAGGAAAAACUCCUUUUCCAUUUCCAGACCAGACAUCACAGACUGAAAUGGUGCAACAGUGGUUUGGGAAUCUGCAAAUAAAGGCUCAUUUAAGAGAAACUGCUGAGCACAACAGCAUUAGCCCAAACAGAGAUUUCCAGGGCCAUCCAGAUUUACAGGACAGAUCAAGAAAUGCUUGGACUGAUACACGAGCCAAAAAGAGCCCCGAUGCUUCUGAUAAUGUGCAUUCUACAAAACAGCUGAAUACCAUGAAAUAUAUGACUGCAUUUCAAAGUAAACCUGAGAUAAUUCAACAAGAAUCUAUUUUUGACUCAGAUCCUCUUUCUGAACAAAGCAAGACUAGGGGUAUGGAGCCACCAUUGGGUUAUCAGAAACGUACAUUACGAAGCAUUACAUCUCCUUUGACUGCUUACAGGUUAAAACCAAUUAGACAGAAAACGAAAAAGGCUGUGGUUAGUAUACUUGAUUCAGAGGAGGUAUGUGUGGAGCUUCUAAAGGAACAUACAUCUCAAGAAUAUGUGAAAGAAGUUCUUCAAAUAUCUAGUGACGGAAACAUGAUCACUAUUUAUUAUCCAAAUGAUGGAAGAGGUUUUCCUCUUGCUGACAGACCACCGUCCCCUACUGACAACAUCAGUAGGUAUAGCUUUGACAAUUUACCAGAGAAGUACUGGCGAAAAUAUCAGUAUGCUUCCAGAUUUGUACACCUUGUAAGAUCUAAGUCACCCAAAAUCACUUAUUUUACAAAAUACGCUAAAUGCAUUUUGAUGGAGAAUUCCCCUGGUGCUGAUUUUGAGGUCUGGUUUUAUGAUGGAGCAAAGAUACACAAAACCGAAGAUUUAAUUCAGGUGAUUGAAAAGACAGGGAAAUCUUAUAUGUUAAAAGGUGAAAGUGAAAUUAAUAGCUUGAAAAGGGAAAUAAAAAUGUAUAUGGACCAUGCAAAUGAGGGCCAUCAUAUUUGCUUAGCACUGGAAUCAAUAAUUUCAGAAGAGGAAAAGAAAAGUGGAAGUGCUCCAUUUUUCCCAAUAAUCAUAGGAAGAAAACCUGGUAUUACUAGUUCACCUAAGACCUUAUCACCUCUUCCUUCUGUGGAUCCAAACUACUUGAUGAGGGAGAAAGCAUCUUUGAGUAAAAUGGGCAUAAAUAGUGCUGCUUCUUCAAAACAGGCACCAAUAUUUAAUCCUUCUAUGGUUACAAAUGAAGGACAUGGCCUUACAGCUGCAGCUUCUGGAACAAACAUCCCUUCUAGUAGUCUAAAAGAUUGUCUUCCUAAAUCAGCACAACUUUUGAAAUCUGUUUUUGUGAAAAACGUUGGUUGGGCUACACAGUUAACUAGUGGAGCUGUGUGGGUUCAGUUCAAUGAUGGAUCCCAGUUGGUUGUGCAAGCAGGAGUGUCUUCCAUCAGUUACACAUCACCAAAUGGUCAAACAACUAGGUAUGGAGAAAAUGAAAAACUACCAGAAUACAUCAAACAGAAAUUGCAGUGUCUUUCUUCCAUCCUUUUGAUGUUUUCUAAUCCAAAUCCUAAUUUUGAAUGA